AGUGCGCAGGCGUAGGCGAGCGCGGAGGCGCGGUCACCAUGGCGCUGUCGUAGCGGUGCAGGUGCCUGGGAUCCAGCAUGAGCGCGUCCGAGACGGACCGCUGGGCGUGGCUGCUGGUGUUGAGCUUCGUGUUCGGGUGUAACUUGCUGCGCAUCCUCCUGCCGUCCCUGUCCUCGUUUAUUUCCAGGGUGCUGCAGAAGGAUGCAGAGCAGGAGUCACAGAUGAGGGCAGAGAUCCAGGGCAUGAAGCAGGAGCUGUCCACCGUCAACAUGAUGGACGAGUUUGCCAGAUACGCCAGGCUGGAAAGGAAGAUCAACAAGAUGACGGACAAGCUCAAAACGCACGUGAAGGCACGGACAGCUCAGUUGGCCAAGAUCAAGUGGUUUAUAAGUGUUGCUUUCUACAUACUACAAGCAGCGCUGAUGAUCUCGCUCAUUUGGAAGUAUUACUCCGUCCCUGUGGCUGUGGUGCCCAGCAAGUGGAUCACCCCACUAGACCGCCUGGUAGCCUUUCCUACUCGAGUAGCAGGUGGAAUUGGAAUCACCUGUUGGAUUUUAGUCUGUAACAAAGUUGUGGCUAUCGUUCUCCACCCUUUCAGCUGAGGGGAAGGCCAGCUACAAGUCUUUACAAAAGGAUUCUGAUAGGGUAAAGAGCGGAUUGCACACAAGUCCACAGAUUCUUGUGUUUUAUGUUUUGGAACAUUUGCUUUUGUGUGUCACCUGGGAUUCUUGUUGAAGUCAGGAUUUUCUACACCCGCCAUUGAGCCAGAAAGACCAGUUACGGCACUCCCAUAUCGUCUGAUGUAGGUCUGGAUUCAUACCAACUGGGAACCACCACGUGGCAUCUGCUGAUGCUUGUUUCUGGGCAUGGCUUGGGUCUGUUGCCAGCUGCAGAGUCAGACUUGUAACAACUCCGUUAGUGCUGUUUUAAUUUUAGAAAAACCCACACUUUCGUACCACUACUAAACCUCCUUUUUAUCUCAGUUACAGAAAGUGACGCACACUAGUGAUGUAGCUGUACUUGUCUCCUGAAAUGUCACACAUAAGUGUGUGGAAAGUAUCGCUGUAUGUCUAAGUUUGUUCAUUUUUUAUAGUGCUUCCUACAUGUGUUCAUGAGACGACGUGUAUUUUUAUUUAAAGCAUUUCAAAUGAAGUCUGUCUUUAAAGCAUUGGGUGUUUAUGCUGUGCGCAGAAUAGGGUUAAACAAGGUGCGGUCUGAUCCAGUUCAUCUGAGACUCCUUAGGCUCAUGAAGUUACUAGGCAGAAAUCUGCCAAGUCUGUUUUUUUUUGUUUGUUUUGUUUUUUUGUUUUUUUUUUUUUUUUUUUGUUUUGAGACAAGGUCUCUCAGUGUAGCUGCAGCUCUCCUGAAAUUAUGUAGACCAGGCUUGUCUCAAACCCACAGAGAUCCACCUCCCUCUAUCUCCCAGAUGAUAGGAUUAAAGGCGUAUGCCGCUACUGUUUUUGUAUAUGCCGUCAAGACUGUUUUUGAAGCACUUUCCCUAGUUACAGUAUUUGCCAGUGCUAGUGUGACUGUCCCACCAGCCUUACAGCAGGAGCUGGGCUCACUGCCUGCGCUGCAAGCUGCGGUAUUCGCCCCUGGGGAACCAUAGCACAGAAAAGCUCCCUGACAGCACUGCAGGUCUCUGCACAGCUCUGGCUGUCCUGGAAUCACUAUGUAGACCAGGCUGACCUGGAAUUUAUAGGAAUCCUCUCGUCUCUGCCUCAUAGCUGCUGGGAUUAAAGGCGUAGCACUGGGUUUGAAGGAUCAUAUUUAUACUCCAGUGUUUCCUAAUGAUCUCCUAAGUAGCUCUUUGUUUUCCUGACUGUACUGUGAACAGGCCCAGUGUGCGGCCCUUGGAUUGGUUGUAGACCGAGUGCCACCAGAGCAGGCUUGAGAGUCCAUUGAUUUAAACUCCGCAGAUGCUGCAGAUAGAUCCACGUGGCACCAAGAUUACUUGGCUGUAUUUGUUGUGGGCACAAACGGAACAUAGUAGUAGGCAUAGCCAACAUUGCCAGGAGGACCUGCCCACUAGCUCCAGCAUGCUCAUCACGAAGGAAGCACGUGGUCUACACAAGAUUAUUUUGGGACCUGAGGAGGUUGGCUGCAGAAUCUGGGUUCCCUCUGGGUAUUCAGCCCUCGGGGUGAGGGAGGGUGUGCGCUUUCCUCUUUUUUGCAGUGAGCCAUAGUCUGCAAUGGCGCUUUUUGCCCACAUCGUUUAGGUAGCCUGGGUCAGCAUCCCAAGGCCACUUGGAAGGGCAAUCAGAAGUGCCCAGAACAGAUGCCUCUCAUGAUUUCAGCUGACCUGAAGGAACAAAUGACUUAGUGUUCCCAUGUGUGUAAUGUGGAUGUCAGCGCUUCCACAUGCAUAAUGUAUGUAAGACUGUUAGUGUUCCCAUGUGUGUAGUGUAUGUAACACCGCAAGUAGGGGACAGCUGUGUUUUUAUCCCCAAAUUGUAUUUGUUUAUUAAUGGGUAAUAAACAUUGAGUUAAAAAGGGACUGGG